UGAUGACACACCUUUAAAACUCAAGUAAUCAUUAAAGAAAAGUUUUUAGGAAAUGUGAAAAGUGCCAAUGAUGCCAGUGAUCUCAAUGAGUGGAGUGUGUGGUGGAGAUCAUAGACUGUCCUCCGCUAUGGUUCAUAGGGUCUCCUUCUCUGACAGACCCAUUUGAUGUUUCAAACUCUGGUGUGACAGUCAUUAUUGGGUGACCACCUGUCAACAAAAGAAGAGAAGAGAGCAAUUCAAGACCCUGAAAAUAACUCCAGACCGAACAAGGCUGCUAUUCUCUUCAAUUCUGAAAAUCAGACCUCUUUGCACACCUAAAGAAAGAGUGCAUAUCUUUGUUUUUAUGGAAAUGCUGCUGGUUUUUUAAAUGUUCACCUGAUCAGACAAUGCAUUGUGUGACUUGGUGUUGGUAGUAAGUGGUUUUAUGAUAAUUCGUUGGAACAUGAAAAAUUCUGGAAAGGGGGGAAAGUCUCUUUUAGUAUUUCUCUUUUAGUCCUUUGAAUAUACCAAUGCUUGGUGUCAUUUACAACCACACAAGGAAGUUUAGAAUACCCUCGUGCGAGCUAUUUUGAAAAGAUCUCUCCACACCUGUCAAUAGCAAUAAUUCAGAGUCUAUAUGCAUAAACGUCUGAAAGAUUAACAUCCAAGCUGCGCUGGUUAUAGAUGUAUGAUAUAGAUUUGCUUGACUUCACACGAACAUAUGCAACAUCUGUGAGAUGUAUAUCUUCGAUUAUCACUCACAAGAUUAUCUUGAGUGUUUGAAUGAAAGAUGUCCACCGAUCCCCCUACCACUUUUUUCUUAAAAAAGUAACAGCGUGUCUUAUCCUCUUGGAUAUCAGUCAACUAUCCCCAAAGGAUAAAGACUUCCACGCUGCUAAUCAGAUAAAAUACUAACUUAUCACUGAUUUUAGCUACAAUGGACAAUGGUCACGAAGGAGGAAAUGCAAAUGGGCUUGUCGCAGAUUGAUCUCUAGUUGUGGCGGCAGCAGACAGAUCCUGAAUUAGAAACGGAUGUUUAUGUAAGCGACCGCACAGUGUGGCACUCUGGUUAUCUCGGCCACCUGCGUCAGAAGAAUCUAGCGGGAAGUCUGUGGUUGACAUGAGCGUUUUAGAGCUAUUAGAUGGUACAUGAUGCGCAUUGCCAUGUUAUUGGCAUUUAAUCCUGAUUUAAUAAUUUGAGAAUAGCAUUGACCAGGCCAGUAAAAUAGAUUAUUUGGAAUAUAGUCAUAAUAAACCUUGUAUCAUUUUUAAAUGACACAGUAGUUGAGAGCAAUAGAGGGAAGGGUGUAUGAGGGGGUGAUGAAGGGGCAAUUGAGGAGAGUCCGUAUGUUAGAAACAGAGAGAAAACAAUUAAUAAUGGGAGCUAUUACGGGGAGAUCAGCGCAAGAGGGAGGUCAGGUUUCAGGCCCUUUUGGAGAACUUUGAUGGUACAAACCAGGCCUCAUUACUGAGAUAUUAUCUCCAUUCAUACACUUUCAGAGUUGAUGGGAGCCCUGCUGGGAAAGAUUAGGUUCCUUUCAUCAGUGAACAUCCUACACGGCCGCACACAUUUUCUCAGCUCAGGGUGCAACAGACAUGGCAUCAUGGGAGCGAAGGAAACGUCUAUUGAUGGCUAGUGAUGUGUGGAAUUAAAGGACAGAGCCCUGCAAGGUGCAGCCAUCAUAAAGGACACCAGCUUCCACAGCUCAAUCAAGUUUGACGCUGUCUGAACCCUCCGAGAAGAUCGAGAUGUUUGUUUGGAAUGGAAUUGCAAAGUUUUGAGUCAUCAUCCUGAAAAGGCAGACUGGCAGAAGGAGACACCGGCAGCGGAUUUCAAGACCAGAAAUAAUUUGAAGCCGGUCACGUUGUCUAUGCUUUGUUUGAAUGACUCCUGUCUCAAGGAUCUGUAACCCCCUCAUCCCAUGUUCCUGCUUGCAGGGUCUGUGUGAGGCAGGUUGCCCAUCGAAGACCAGCAUCAUGCCGACUACUUACGCAAGGUGCAUAUUGGGAGUCUGACCCAUCAUGUGCAAAUGGACACGCACCACCCCUGGUCUCUACUACGACCUCACCUCCGCUGGGUCAGCCCUCCCCGGGUUGCCACUUCAAUCUUAUCCUUUUCCCCUGGUAUGCAUGUCCUUGCUGUUUCUGACUUGUUCUGCUCUUGGAGGUUGCCCACCUGCGCAGGGGCAUGACCCCCUUCAGGCGUUGGCACAGGGGACGAACUGCUCAUGGACCCUGGAGCGGCAUGCACGCAGCUACAACCACCUAGAGGGUGACGUCCGCCUGCGACGCCUCUAUUCCGCCAACAAGUUUUUUCUCUGCAUCGACAAAACGGGGAAGGUGGAUGGCACCCGUCGGAAGAAUUACGCUGAAAGUCUGAUGGAAAUCCGAUCUGUCAGUGUGGGAGUUGUCGCCAUCAAAUCUGUCAACACCGGUCUGUACCUCGCCAUGUCCAAAAAAGGCACGCUCUUCGGAUCGGUCAGAUACAACCCCAGCUGCAAGUUUAAAGAACGCAUCGAGGAGAAUGGCUACAACACGUACGCCUCCCUGCGCUGGAAACACAAGGGCAGGCAGAUGUUCGUCUCGCUCAACGGAAGAGGGAAACCGCGGAGAGGACACAAAGCUAGACGAAGACAUCCAUCCACUCAUUUCCUACCCAUGCUCCCCACGUGACUGGACUCUCAUGAAGAGCAAUGCUUGGACAUCAUCCUUUAAAGUCCUCCAAAUAAAUGGAAAUAUUAGGGACUUGAGUGUUAUUAAACUGUUUUUAUCCCUUGGUACUGUCAAAUGGUCCAUUAACUUAUUCCUCAGCUUAAGGCCCAGUACAGUUUUAAUGUUCUGUAUAUACAGGUUAUGUAUUAAUGAUUUUGUUGAGUUAACACAGCAUUCACUGCAUCCUCCUGUUAAAACGUACGGAUCUCUAAAUGACUGAACCGCGACUACGAGGAAUUGGAUUUAUGUGAAAAGGUCAUUUUAAAUGAAGUUAACAAAAAGUCUUAUUGAAAAGAAUGACAAUGUAACAUUGAUCCUGAUUUCCAAUCUUUGUAUCAACGCGGAAAUCAUAGGACCCUACUUGUCACACAGUAAUGUUGUUUACAUAAGACAUUAAAAUCAUCUGGUUUUACAUUUCAACAUCAAAAUCUGAGACUAAAUAGGUUCCAGUACUCGAUUCACCAUUUAGCAUAGCAAACUUCCUGUAAAGUUCUGAUUAUACACAUGUCUUACUAUGUCACAUUAACAUACCUUUUUUUCUCUCAACCUGUCGAAAAAUAGAACAUUUAAUAUAUUUAAACUUUUCAAACCCCUCUGUUUGGUUUGUGAUGUUUUUGUCUGUAUUCUUCGAAACCGCAGUCUGGUCCACAUACGGAUGAGAAUCUGGCUUCAUCCACGUGCCACUGACCGCAACUUCAUGUUCUGCCUACUAAUGAUGAGCAACACCUGCUAAGUGGUUAGCCGUGGCAGAAAGACCAAAAACCACGUCCAAAAAAAGCCACCCUAAUGGAACUCUGAGUCCGUUUACACCUGUGCUGCUUUCCUGGCUGUUCUACAACCAUCUCGGCUGUUAGUCAAAAAAUUGAAGGAACAUAGGAUUUUAUUCACUGAGUGAAAUGUUGGUUGACAUGUUUUGUAUAGCUACACUUGUUUAAACGGAGUGAUGAAUGGGGUAUUUGAAGAUACCGUAUGUAAAUUAAAUUGUAAGAGUCCUGUGGUGUAUUUUAAAGGUUUUUGGCUUCAUUAAAUUUCAGCUCGUGUGUACAUUGAGCAACAAAGAAAAUUCCUAUUGCCACUGUUCCUGACACAAUUCAGACUUAAUAAUGAAACUUCAUAGACAGUAGAAAAGGAUUGCUUUGUGGAAUAACAUUACAAGGUUUAUUUUGGUUUUAGGUGAUUUGUACUGUUAAAUAAAUGAUCAAUUUGUUUGUGCCUCAAAAAUGAUAAGGGGGUUCGUCAGGUGAUACUUUGUGUUUCAAACUCAUUUAAAUGUAAGAAAUCACUAUAAUAAGAAAGCAAAGGGUUUAAUGAAUCUUCCCAUACAGUACACUGUUAAAAAACAUAUUUUUACUGUUGUUGUUUUUUUACACUUUUUUAUGUUUAAUGUAAAAACAAACUGUUAUUUUACAGAUUUGACUGUUUUUUAGCUAAAAAAAUAUUUUUGAAAAUACAGUAAAUUACAGAAAAUGACCGCACAUUUCCAUGAAAACUGGGAAACAUGUAUUUUACACUAAUAAACUGGCGCAUCAGCAGCCAGAAAUGUCCGUUUUUUUACAACAUUUUUUUACAGUGUAGGAAAUAAAAAGUGACAAAUAUAGUUCAAAACAUCUUCUGCUUCUCAGAUGUUUCUUCUGAAAGCAUAAUACAUUCUAAACUACUUUCAGUCUACGUUAUUCUGUUUGGCAUUACAUUAAUAAUCCAGGCUUUUAAUACAUGUCAACAAUUAUCUGAUUUGGGCAAUUCUGUGAAAAUCUCAACCUUAACAUCAAAAAAUAGAGAUUUGAUUUUGCAGCCUUUUGCAAAUUAUUUCUAAUGCAUAUUUUCCAUAGCCAGGUAAGUGCCGCUUACAGAAUUGUCACAUACAUAAUGGUCAAUAGUCCUUAUAAAUGGGCAUAUGAAAGUGUAACAACUAUAUAACUAUAAUAACUACUGUAUACAACACCUAGGUUCUAGGUUAUCCCUCCUCAAGUUGUUAGUUAUUAUUCCUUCUGAUAUUUGCAUUUAAAUUCACAGAAAUCCUAAAAUGUUGUCUCUCAAAAACUGUGUCAUUUUUUUUGUCACAUCAAUAACGCAUGUUAAAGAAAACUUGAGCGUAGACUGAUAUUUUCCUAGUCAUAUAUUAUAAUAUUACUGGUAACAAAUACAUUCUCUGAUUUUAUAUCACAUCCAUAACGCGAAAUGUAAAUGCAAAAAACACUUGAAUUUCUCCAUAUAUCUCUAUAAAAGAAAAUUCCCAUCUCAAAGACUUCUGACCGAUACAUAAUUCUCUCUCAUCAUGCACCUUUUAUAUUACUUUGAACCAAUUUUUUCUUUUCACUUCAGCGUCCACAAGUUGAAGCCCUUCACCUUGUUGCCAUGUCAGCGCAGGAAUUCAGCCUGUAGUUGAGAGUAUGUGUUUAUGCCAGUUUUUCUCUUGAAAGACACAGAAAGACACAUAAAUGAAGCGUCUGUAAUUAUCAUUGCUGCUCUACUGUCCUGUCAGUUCAUUCGCCAGGGAGACCGGAGUGAUCUUUUGGCAGCACUGGGACGAAAGAUCAAAGCCAUGGACCUUUGAUCUAUGGUAAAACAGCCCGCAAACGUUCCUUUGGAAAAUCAGGAUGGAAUGCCUGAGAAAACAGAGGACGGGACACUGGAAAGCUUGGCGAGGACAUCUUCUGUCUUUUCUCCGUUUUUAGACAGUGGUGGCAGUUUGAUUGUUCAGGUUUGGGGUCUUGUCAGAUAGUGAUGGAUAAACGUCUUUGUAAAAUAGAUCAAAGGAUUUUUGUCUCGCAGACACAGAAAGUCUCUCUCUGACAAAACUUUCAAGACAUUUACACAACAAAAAGUUGUAGGGAAGAUAAACAUUUGCAACUAUACUCAAUGUGUAUAAUGUGAAUCAACACUACGAAAAAAUCCUGUAAAAAAACUGUAAUAUUCCAUCAAGUCGGAUGCCACAAAAAUACAGGAAAGUAAAAAAAAUUGUAAAGCCAAUUACAUAUUUCUUGUCAAUUUGCAUUGUUAUUCUGUAAUGAAAAAAGUCAUAUAUGCUGAAAAUAUAUGAAAAUAAUAAAAAUAAUUAUCAAUCUGGGGAAAUCUGUCUUAUACGUGAUCCACCAUCACCUUGUAUUUGAUUUUAGGCCGUAGUCCACUUAGUUUAAGGCAACCAUGUUUUACCAUAUACAGCAUGAUAGUUUUUCAGAUCUGUCAAAGCGCCGAGUAUUGUAGCAUUGAAUCUGUCUUUGACAAUUUUACGGCGGCAGUUAAAAUGAGUUGUUGCAUGACAUUCAGGCUGAGAAAACAAAGCUCUCGUUCCCUUCCCUCCUGCGGUCGCUCUUUUUCCCUCAAUGCUGGCAGACAAGAUUCAUCAUAGCGUCGAUUGUCAUCACGUUGAAGAUUAUCGUGCGUUGUCUGAAGCGAUCGGGCGUACAAGAAUCAGGCAGCGGCUCGUGAACCCCGCCGGGCUGAUGUCGUGGUAUGUGCCGCACCGCAAAGUCUCCC